ACAGAUAACCACGUUUUACAAUUCACAUUCUUGUCGUUUAUCAACCGCUUUCAACAUAGGAGAAGAAACGAGAAAACAUCAAGUAAAAUAAAAUUUUAUAUAGUUUUGAAGAAGAAGAAAAUAAGGAUGAUGGUUGCAAAAGAAUUUUUGUAUUUGACAAUGCAUACAUCUUUUCGGAAUUUAGUAGAUGUAACUUUACAAGAAUGUAAGUUUAAUUUCUUGCCAAAAGAGUUCGGUACAUUACAUCAUCUACAAGAGAUUACAUUAUCCAGUAAUUAUGUCGUGAAUACUACUCGAUCUGCAUGGGAAUGGUUAGAGCAAGAUUCUAUGAGAAAUAAUUUAAAAUCAUUGAGAAUAAUGCAUUAUGACCUACCUGAAUUACCUUUGCAAAUCACAUGUUUGAAUCGUCUCACAAAAUUAAACAUGAGAGGGAGCAAAAUCAGUUCUUUACCAAAAGAGUUUGGCAAUUUGAUACUUGUUGAACUGGAUCUAUCGUAUAAUAAUCUUGGAAACUCUAAAGAAUCUGUAUGGGAAUGGUUAAUGCAAACUCCCAUUAGAUAUACUUUAAAAAGACUUAACAUAAGUCACAAUUAUAUCAAGUCCUUAGCAAAAGAGUUUGGUACGCUGUCUCAACUGUUGGAGCUCAAUUUAUCGAAUAAUUUGCUCGGAACAUGUCGACAUUCUACAUGGGAAUGGUUAAAUAUGCCCAUUAGAAAUAAUUUAAUGCAUUUAGAAAUAUGUGGCAAUUUUCUGACUGAAUUUCCAUUACAAAUUACAUAUUUGAAAGAACUAAUGUGGUUAGACAUAAGCAACAACAAAAUACACUUUUUACCAAAAAAGUUAGGUACUUUGCCUAAGCUUAAAUGUUUUUUACUUUCUUUUAAUCACCUUGGAAAAUCUGAUCGCAAUAAGUGGGAAUGGUUAGAGCAAGCUGCAGUCACAAAUGAAUUGUUAGGAUUAGAUCUGUCGUUCAAUCUGUUAACGGAAUUACCGCCACAAAUUGGAAAACUAAAUGCUUUAGUUUAUUUAUCGCUUGCUUCCAAUGAGAUAAAAUGUUUACCACAAAGUCUUUCAAAUCUAAAAAGUUUAGAAGGGCUUAAUUUGUCGAACAAUAAUUUGAAAUAUUUACCAGGAAGUGUGUCACAUUUAACGGCGCGUAUAAAUGUUGAUGAGAAUCCAUUUAAUUUGAUAGAUGACGACAUUGAUGACGAUAAUGAUGACGAUGGUGAUGAUGAUAGUGGUGAUGAUUUUAUUACGAAGUUGGAAGUGCCAAGUCUUGUGGAUUGUUCAGCUGAAGUUAUUCUGAAAAAUGGAUUAGAAUAUACAAAUUAUGGUUUACCUGAAGAAUUGAUCAGAUAUAUGAAUAAUACAAGACAUUGCUUCCUUUGUAAUAAUGCAUGUUAUCGUUAUUACGAAAAGCGCUUCAUAAAUUAUCCUGAUUAUUGUGGUAUACCGAAUUUUAAAUUACAUGCAUCUGAAAAUAUCAAAAAUGCAAGUUUUGAAUGUUAUGUUUGUUCAUCAAAUUGUGCUGAAAUGCUAAGGAAUUAAGAAUACAUGAUUAAAUUAUUAGACUUAAAAUUUACAACAGAAUGAAACUUGUAUA